AUGGAGACUUAUUGCUGUCGGCAGAGCCGCGAGCAGCCGGAGGGAUCCCAGGGACCACGGGCGGCAGCGGCAGCGGCAGUUUGGGUAGUGGUACCAGAGGCGGCAGCGUCGGCAACCUGGGCACCACAUCCUUCACCUCGUCGACGCCGCCACCGGCGCCGCCAUUCCCUUUCAGCUCCCUCCCGUCGCAGGACGCGAGCACCAUCACCACCAGCAACAGCAGGAGCGCGACAUCCCGACGCUUCGCCAUUGCUACGCUUUGCUAAUCAAGAACCGGAGAUAUUAUUGGCCCUUUGGUAUGCGCUAUGGUAG